CUGGGGUACAGACAAACUCAGAACUUUUUGGUUUUCAAACUUAGAAGGUUUUUAAAAGUCUCUUGGGCUAUUUGAAAGUGUUGGUACAUACAAUGACGUUUAGUCACCAGUAUUAAAGGAAAUAAAAGGCAUUUUCAAAAUGAAGCACCCACAGUGUCCAUGCAUUUGGGAAAUACAGUAUUAGAUUUUUUUGCAUGUAUGAUUAUACCAGGAGACAGGACUAAUUUAGAAGAUGGCAAGGCAAAUUGUAAUUAGAGAAGAUAUUAAUUCUCUACAAAAUAAAGUUUGUUCAUCAAUACAAACCUGCUUUCAAACCAAUCAGACAUCCUUCGGAAUGUGUUCAGAACCCAAACAUCAUGUCAAUGGCAACAGAACAGUCGAACCUUUCCCAGAGGGAACACAGAUGGCUCUGUUUGGAAUGGGCUGUUUUUGGGGCGCUGAAAGGAAAUUCUGGAUCCUGAAAGGGGUAUACUCCACUCAAGUUGGCUAUGCAGGGGGCUAUACCUCCAAUCCUACUUAUCAAGAAGUCUGCUCAGGAAAGACCGGCCACGCCGAAGUCGUCCGCGUUGUGUACCAGCCCGAACGCAUCCGCUUUGAGGAGCUGCUCAAGGUCUUCUGGGAGAACCAUGACCCGACGCAAGGCAUGCGCCAAGGCAAUGAUCAUGGCACUCAGUACCGUUCAGCCAUCUAUCCUACCUCUGCUGAGCAAAUGGAGGCAGCCUCGAGGUCCAAAAAGGACUACCAGAAGGUCCUCUCCCAGAGCGGCUAUGGGCCAAUCACCACGGACAUCCGAGAGAAGCAGCCCUUCUACUACGCGGAAGACUACCACCAGCAGUACCUGAGCAAGAACCCGGAUGGCUACUGCGGCCUCGGCGGCACGGGCGUUUCCUGUCCAAUCGGGGUGCGAAAAUAAGCUCUGCUGUCACACGGCGGGCCUUGAGAUUCCAGCCCCAACAUGCACCCAUCAAAUUGGCCAAUUCCCUGUGAUUCAUGCCUGUGGCAUUUCGAAAUGUGCAAAGCGCAAAGGCAUCUUUUUUCAGAAUCUGGUUGAUCGACGUAUAAUUUACACGAAGUGCAAUGGCAGGCUGAUUCAAUGUCAAUCUUCUAAUAAAGGUUUAUGGGUAUAGA